AUGGCUCCGGUCGUGGAGGUGUCGGACGCCGGGCAUUGCCGUUCGUUAUUGGUGGAGUUAAACGAGCAACGGUUGAGGGGCCAAUUCUGUGACGUCACCAUCAUCGCCGAGGACACCAAAUUCCGAGCCCAUAAAAACGUCUUGGCCGCAUCCAGCCCUUUCUUCAAACAAGCUUUGGCCGAAGAACCCACCUGCCCAACCCCCGCCCAAGUUUUGGAGCUUCCCGGUGUCCAAGCCGGCGUCUUCUCCGACGUCCUCAACUUCAUCUACAACUCCCGCUUGGCCGUCCCGUCGCAGGCAGCUGCCCGCGAGUUGGGCGCCGUUGGCCGACGGUUGGGUAUCUCUUGCCUCCAAGGGUUGGAAGUGGGGACCCCCAAGGAGAUGAACGGAUCUUGGACCCCCCCGGUGACGGGGGAUCCCCGCUCACCCGCCGCCCCGGUUGAUUUAACCUGCCCGCCGCGAUCAAGCGAUACGCCGACGGUUGCCGAACCGGUGACGGCGUCGCCGUCGUCGGCGUCGGCGUCAGCGUUGCGUUGCGGGUUGUGCGGUCGAGGGUUCAGCACGGCGGCGGCGUUGGGGUUACACGCCAAGCUUCACCGCGGGCGCCGGGGUUUGGCGUGCCGGCAUUGCGGCAAGAGCUUCAUCCACGUCAAGAGGUUGCAAACCCACGAGGUCCUCUGCAAGGACGGCAAUCGCGACGGUGACGCCGUCACCACCAACGCCGCCACGCCGACGCCGAAACAAGGCAAGAAGGCGUUGCUGUUGCGUCACCGGGCGUUGGAGUUGAUCCCCGAGCAGGAACCGGUGGUGAAGGUGGUGGACGGGCACGUGGUUUACCUGUGCGGGGUUUGCCAGCGCUCCUACAUGACGCUCUCCAGCCUCAAGCGUCACGCCAACGUCCACUCCUGGCGACGCAAGUACCCUUGCCGUUAUUGCGACAAGGUCUUCGCUUUGGCCGAAUAUCGCACCAAACACGAGGUCUGGCACACCGGCGAACGCCGUUACCAGUGUAUCUUCUGUUGGGAGACCUUCGUCACCUACUACAACCUCAAGACCCACCAGAAAGCCUUUCACGGCAUCAACCCGGGGCUCAUCUCCUCCGAGAAGACGCCCAACGGCGGCUACAAGCCCAAACUCAACGCCCUCAAGCUCUACCGGCUCUUGCCCAUGCGGGCGCACAAGCGACCCUACAAGACCUACAGUCAAGGUUUGGUGGCCGACGGGCUCCUCUUGCCGACGGCCAAUCCG